AUGGUUGAUAUUCAGACACACAAACAAACAAUAUUAAAUGAGUUACAGGAAGAAGUAAUGAAUAUUCAAUUACCAGAACGGACUACUGAAUGUAUGAUAUGUCUUCAAGAUGUAUCAUGUAUCCGAAUACAUUGCAGUGUCAGUAUAUGUCUUGAAUGCUUUCCACGCUAUUUUGUUAAUUACGAUUAUCAAUUGAAAUGUUUAAUAUGCGGAAAGUUUGAUGAAUAUGAAAACGUAUUUCCAACACAAGCAUUUAUUAAAUCAUUAUAUCAAUUAGAUAGUACAAGUGAAAUGAUGAAAAAUAUUGAUUUUCAAAUAUGUACAUGUGGUUCAUAUGCAAUCAAUGAAACAAUGUAUUCGAAACAACAAUGUUCAUCAUGUAAACGUUGGUUAUGUUUUUUCUGUGAUAGCGACUGGGAUGAAUCAAAGGGUAUGAAAAAUCAAUUGUAUACGUGUACACAAAAUUGUUUAUAUGAAACAAAACUUCUUUACAAAUUAGUACCAUUAUCAAUGAAUUUGGAAGUGCAAGUAUCAAAUCGUCGUUGUUGUCCAAAAUGUUAUUACACCGGCGAUUAUGAAGUUGGCAAAUGUAAAUAUCAUAGUUGCAAAUGUGGUCAUCAAUUCUGCUUUAUAUGUUUGGAAACAGAAGAAGAUUGUAAAACAAAAUAUAAAUCAGCAUAUAAUAGACCAUGUGCAGCAAUUAAAAAACAGGAAUAUACCCAUUUUCCAAGAAUUUGUAAGUCAGAAUGA